AAUUCGGUUAGUAGGUUUGCCAAGCUAGGCUAAGCUAAGCUAGCCGGUGUCUUUGCCGUUGCCAACCUGCUGUAAACUGCGAUGAUAGUAGCCUGACAUGAGGGGGAACACGUAGCUAACGUGAGUCAUUUCACAUGAUGGAGAUGCCCGUUUCACAUUAGCUUGCUCAGCUGCUAAUAGUUGAUGGGCGUGGGGGCUUUGCAAUCACGGACGUUCUGGUCUUAACCACAACCGCCUCCUGCUACUUGCUGAAGUUCCUUGCUGAUGAAGAUGAGGUAGUUGUUAGCUAGCAGCCAUAGGCAACACCCCGAGGCUGUGGAUACAUGUCUACCUCUGAACCACGGCACGAGCCACGAAAGUGAAAUCUCGCAGUUCAUGUUUCGUCAGGAAGUCAGUGUGGCGUCUUUUAUUCCAUCUUGUUCGUAUCUUUUCCAACACGAGAAGAGGAAUAUGUCCCGAUAUAACAUAUACAGCCUGUUAGACUGGGUCUACGGCGGCGUGGACCCGAAGUUUGAGGGCAAUGGGGGGCCCGAGUGCGCUGCCUUCAUCGCUCCGAAGCAGCGCCUCAGUGAAAGCCUGGUCAUCCUCCUCGUCUCCCUGCUGGAGAUCGGUGUGGCACUGAGAAAAAUAAACUUGUCAAAGGAGCUCAGAUGUGUAGGGAAAGACUGCACCAGGACCAAGGAAGACAGUCUUGGGAAGAACUUGUUGCUGGUGGCCCUGUGCAUGACUUUUGGAGUGGAGGUUGGAUUCAAAUUUGCGACCAAGACGUUGAUAUAUCUGCUGAAUCCAUGCCACGUCGUGACCAUGGUUCAGAUCUUCCUUCUGGCCUGCCCACCAGGUAAAACCGCAAUGGUUGUAUUCCGGCUGCAGGUCCACAUGUUGAAUGGCGCGUUACUGGCUUUGGUAUUCCCUGUAGUCAACACUCGACUGCUGCCUUUUGAGAAGGAGAUCUACUACAUCCAGCACUCCAUGCUGUACCUGGUGCCUCUUUACCUUUUCAGGAAAGGAGGUGUUUACAAGCCCGAGCCUCUCGGAGACAUGUGGUGGGCACUCCUCUCCACCGGCCUCCUCUUCCUCUAUCAUUUCCUCUUCUUGCAACUCCUUGGCCUGGCGACCGAAGUCAAUCUGAACAACAUGCUGUGUCCGGCCGUGUCUGACCCGUUUUACGGGCCGUGGUACCGGGUCUGGGCGACGGGUCACCAGACGCUGCUGACCCUCGUCCACGGGAAGCUCCUCACGCUGCUGUCGCACUACACCGGCUCCGUGUACAGAUACUUACUGGACGCUCUGCGUCUGCGCAGCAAGAAAGUUGACUGAACGUCGGCGAAGACACACACAGACUUGACCUUUCACUCUUUAACGCCUGCUCGUGCAGUUUACUUUAGUUUUAACAUUUUAAUGCAUCUUUUUAAAAUGUAACCGUCUCGUUUUACUGAAACACGUUAGCUGUUCAGGGCCAGUGAAUCAAUGUGUCACUGUUUUAAUGUUAUAGUCUUCUGCUUGCAUCCAUUACGUACCUGCGUGGAAAAAACGUAGUAGGCAUUUUUUAGGCUGGUAGUUGGCAGUUAGCAUGGUGGAGUUACAUCCAGAUCAGGCCUUUUUCUUUCUUUUCUUUUCUUUUUUUAUGAGAAGAAAUCUGUACGUAUAUGUGCAUCGGUCGAUAUCUCACACUGCCUUUUUUUGGAACUAGGAAAUCAGGAGUCAUUAAAAUGUCAACUGAUCUGCAUUUGUUACACUUUCACUUGUUUGAGAAGUAGUUAUGCUUAUAUCUAUGUUAUGUUAGUGACGCCGCCAUUUUAUUUGUUUUAUUAUAGGAUGGGGGCUGCUGUAAAUAUGUAUCAUUGCUUGUUUGUUUGUUUGUUUUUUGUUUGACACGUAUGAUCACCUCUCCGUGUAGUCGUGACUGAAAAACAAAAUCGUAUUUAUCUUGUCCCGCCGCUUUCACUUGAUUACACACAUUUGUUAGGAAUUCAUGUAUUCACUUAAAGUGGCCUCUUCAUGUUUCUGUCUGCAGCCUUUUUUUCCCCCAUCAUUCCAGGAGACACAGGAUUUAUUACAUUCUGGGAUUAUGAGGGAAUUAACGGGUCUACACUGGGACAUUGUGAUGACCUCUGCCAAGGAGGUUGUACUUUUUGUUUUAAUGUUAUUUUAUGGUGAUGUUGGACAAUUUUGGAUGAAUGUGGUGUCUGCCAACAUAGAGCAGAUGAUGGCGAGAUGUGUUUCGGUGCUGGGUUAACGCUUAUCGUGACACUUGAAGACAAUUUAUCGGUCGAGGUCCUGCACUGAAUCCUGAAUACACUCCACCACUGCAAUCUGCAUCUGCAAUGAGUCACACAUCGGUUUCAGAAAAGAAGAAAAAAAAAUACAUCAGAUGAUCUGCAUGAGGUCACUUUGAGUCAUCAGUUGACUCUCCAUGAAAAGAAAUAACUAUAAUGCUGUAAUUGGAAUAAUGUUAGUAUGGUUGUAGCAUUUCAUAUAUAAGGGACGUGUUUGUCUUAACUGUAGCAUAUUCUGUACUUCACUGUAAAGAAGGGAUAAGACAUACUUUUGUAUUUUUCAUCAGUUCAUGUGUAUGUGCUGUGUUGACAAUUAAAGUGAACCAGUUCUCAUGUAAAUGUGA